CCGUUCCGCCUGAUGAGCUUUCUGGCUGCCGGCCACAAGGCUUCCAGUCAAAGGCCGGAGCUGCUAGGCCUACUGAGGUUCAAAUCUUGCUCGCCUAGAGCCAGGCCUCCCGUCACCUCGUCACCUCGAGCCUGAUGUGAACAGUGGGCGUGAGGCUGUUGGCGCCCAGGGCCACAGGGAGCACCGGGGCUGGGAGGCUGGGAAGGCUGGCUUGGGAAAAAAGAGAUGAGGGGGCCCAAGAUGGAAGCCUGCCAGGGCAAGUGCUGUGGGGGGGCUCCCCAAGACUGAGGGGAGCGGUCACGGUGUGGCUGCCACUCCUUCGGGCUCCUGCUGACUGCAGAUGUGUGGGGUCUGCUGGCGCCCAUGGUGCACCAUGUUCGGCCCUGGACAUAAACCCUGCGUGCUUGUUUUGACAACCCACUUCAUCCUCCAGGAUUGAGUGGAGAUCGGGGAGGGGGGUGGGACCCUGGCCAGACCUGGAGGGAAGGGCAGGAGUGGAAGCAAGGGGAACCGGGCCAGAGGUCCCCGCAGGAAUGUCUCAGUUCUGCCCGCUCCCCAUUUUCACCCCUACUUUGCACAGGUGGGCACUGGGCCUGCCUGGGAGAGGGGAGCUGGGGGGACUGGCCAGACUGGAGGUGUGUGUGCAGCCCCUGGUUGUAUUCUUGGGUGGGGGAGGGAAUGGAGACAGCUGUUGGGGGGGUGCUCCGUGUCUAUGCUGGUAAACAGCUCAGGGUGUGAAGGGGUGUGGCUGUGCGUCUCGGCAUUUAGACCGUAAGCCUGUGUCUAUCAGGGUGUCGGUGCGUGUGGAGCGCGGCCAUGUAAGUGCAGCUCGAGGUGUCCAGGGGUGUAUGUGUAUCUCUGGGUGUUUCUUUUCUAGGGUAGGUGUUAACCAGCUGGAUCUCAAGAUGCCCUGGAGGUGCCACCCCUUGCAUCUUGGGGGUGUGGAGUGUAUUCGUGGGGCCUGUCUUGGACCAUUCGGGGGUGUCUGGCCCCCACCCCAGCACCUGACAUGAGUCUCUGCGGGCCCCUCAACCUGAGCCUGGCCGGGGAGGCGACCACGUGUGCAGAGCCCGGGGCUCCCAACGCGUCGGCUUGGCCGCCGUCCGGCCGGGCGAGCGCGUCGCCGGCGCUGCCCAUCUUCUCCAUGACCCUGGGCGCCGUGUCCAACGUGCUGGCGCUGGCGCUGCUGGCGCAGGCCGCGGGGCGCCUGCGCCGCCGCCGCUCGGCCGCCACCUUCCUGCUGUUCGUCGCCAGCCUCCUGGCCACUGACCUGGCGGGCCACGUCAUCCCGGGGGCGCUGGUGCUGCGCCUGUACGCGGCGGGCCGCUCGCCGGCCGGAGGCGCCUGCCACUUCCUGGGCGGCUGCAUGGUCUUCUUCGGCCUGUGCCCGCUGCUGCUCGGCUGCGGCAUGGCCGUGGAGCGCUGCGUGGGCGUCACGCGGCCGCUGCUGCACGCGGCGCGCGUCUCGGCGGCCCGCGCGCGCCUGGCCCUGGCCGUGCUGGCCGCGCUGGCCUUGGCGGUGGCGCUGCUGCCGCUGGCGCGCGUGGGCCGCUACGAGCUGCAGUACCCGGGCACGUGGUGCUUCAUCGGCCUGCGCCCGGCGGGCGGCUGGCGCCAGGCGCUGCUCGCCGGCCUCUUCGCCGGCCUCGGCCUGGCCGCGCUGCUCGCCGCGCUCGUGUGCAACACGCUCAGCGGCCUGGCCUUGCUGCGCGCCCGCUGGCGCCGCCGCCGCUCUCGACGGCGUCCUCAGGCCUGCGGCCCCGACGGCCGCCGUCACUGGGGGGCGCGCGCGCCCCGCUCGGCCUCCGCCUCGUCCUCCUCGUCCGUCGCUUCGGUCCCCGGCGGUUCCCCGGGCCGGGGCUCCGCGCGCAGAGCCCGCGCCCACGAUGUGGAGAUGGUGGGCCAGCUCGUGGGCAUCAUGGUGGUGUCGUGCAUCUGCUGGAGCCCGCUGCUGGUGUUAGUGGUGCUGGCUGUCGGGGGCUGGGGCUCCAGCUCCCUGCAGCGGCCGCUGUUUUUGGCUGUGCGCCUCGCUUCAUGGAACCAGAUCCUGGACCCCUGGGUGUACAUCCUGCUGCGCCAGGCGGUGCUGCGCCAACUGCUUCGCCUCCUGCCCCCGAGGCCCGGCGCCAAGGGCAGCCCGGCGGGGCUGGCCCUAACCAGGAGCGCCUGGGAGGCCAGCUCGCUGCGCAGCUCCAGGCACAGCAGCCUCAGCCACCUCUAGGCGAGCCAGGAGUCCCAGAGGCCAAGUCAGCCCACCCCGGGCCCAGGACCGCAGCGCGGAGCCUUCGGGGGAAUAAAGCCGUUUUGCGGACCUGCGCGGGGCCUGUGUCGGGUGGGGGCCGCAGCACCCCUGUGACCGCGCGGGGGCGACAGAGGCGCCGCGUGAGCCUCCGGGGUGUGCAGUUCCAGGACUUUCCACGCGGAGGCGCGGAGGCGCGGAGCUGGAGCCGCCGGAGCAUGCGCCGAAGGCCGCAGCCCCAGCCCGAGGCCCCGGCUGUCAAGAGCUGAGCCGGAACCGAGGCUUUUUGCUCCCGCCGCCGCCAGGACUGACCCCAGCAACAAUUCUCUCAUUGUGGCCCUGAGCGCCUCCAACACAGCCGCAAGGCCCUGCCCCCGAACCACUCCCAUCAGUGCCUCCAAACUCCAGAGUCCCUAACACAGCUCCCAGCCCUGUCCCACCCCGGCCUGCCCACGCUCCGCACAUCGUAGGAGCCCGGAGUCCCCACCUUCCCUUAACCCUCAUCACGCGACACCCCCCCAUAACCCAGGGCAUCACCCCCGGCCACGCGCUGGAUCUGCCCCCACAACUCUCCCCACCUCCAAGUACACGCCCCCCCGCCCCGCGCCAGCGUCACUGCACACGCGAGGAGCCGGAGACUGCAUGGAUGGGGCAAACCCCAAAGGCCUUUUUAAAAACUACUGAGAGCUUGGUCGGGGGGGUGGGGGGCAGGGGAGAGGGCUAGCAGCCCCCGGCCACGAAGUCGAAGUCCCGGAAGGCGGCCUGCUCUGCGGCCGUGAGGGGCCGCGCGUCGCGGGGCGGGCUCAGCGUGGGGGCCUCCCCCGUGAACUCCUCGUCGAAGUUGCUGACAUCCGUGCGGCCUGACAGCGUGGGCACGAAGGGAGGUGGCAAGCGUCGGGCCAGCAGACUGUCCCAGACCAGUGUCUAGGUGGGGGAGAAGGGGGAGAGAGGGAGGGGGUCAGCAGGGGGAGUGGGGGGACGCAGGAGGUGCCCGGGCCGGCCCUGCAUCUGCGGGGAUUAGCAUAAGGAGUCACAGAGGGAGGGGUCCAGUGGGGGCUGGGGGCCCAGUAAGGAUCACAGUUUAUGUAUGGGGAGCCCUGGGGUGGGGGGAGAGGGAGCCCCGGGUUCAUACCCAGGAACCAGGCCAGCCUGGAGGAGAUGUGGGUGUAGGAGGGUAAGUGGGCAUGAAGGGAGGGGAGGAUAUGGAGGGGACAAUGCUGGAGGGGAAGUGGCUGUCUGGGUAGGGGAGAAAUGACUAGGCCCUGGGGGUUGGGGGGGAUGACCAGGUCUCUGGUGGGGAGUUGGCCAGGCACAUGGGGUGACCUCACCCUAUAGAAGGGCUGCUUUUUCACAUCCUCAGCAUCUCUCUCGCUGGAGCCCAGCCUCCGCUCGGGAUUCCUCCGCAGCAGCUGGAGGGAGGACAGUUGUCAGUCUUCCCCCUCCUGGCCCCAGAGCCCCUGCCCAGGCCCAAGGUGGGGGUGCUCCUCACCCUGCGCAUGAUGCCAAUGGCUUCAGCUGAUAGGAAGCGUGGGUAGCGAACCUCAUCAUUGACUAUGCUGUCAAAUACCUCUUCCUCGUCGUCCCCUGGAAAUGGGGACUGGGGACAGAGAGAGCCAGGGUGAAUUAGGCCCCUCCUCUGGCCACUCCUCUCCCAGCCCCACCUAAGCCCUCGGCUCCAGCACACUUUCCCCUGGGUGCUGGCUGAUGUGAGAAGGUAAGUACCCCAUUUUACAGAUGCGAACAUUGAGGCAAGGGCGGGGGGGCAAAGCCAGCUGCCUCCACCCCACAGCACACCAAAGCCCCGUCUGAUCCCACAGCUAGCACAAGCAGUUUCCAGCGUCAUCCCAGGGUCAGGCAGGGUGGGGGCAGCCUGGGGCCUUACCUCACCAACCAGCAUCUCAUAGAGCAGCACGCCCAGCCCCCACCAGUCCACAGCCCGCGUAUAAGAUGUGUCUGUCAGCACCUCGGGUGCCAGGAACUCCGGGGUCCCACAGAAUGUGCUGGUCCGGUCCCCAAAGCCCAUCCCUGGGGGCAGGAGGGCCAUGUGAGGUUAUGGAGGGAGGGGUGCUCCCAGAGGUAGGCCAGCCCAGCGUGGGGUGGCCCGCUCAGCCAGCCAGCCCCAUCCCAGGGUCAGGGUGGGGGGUAACCCAGGGAGGGCUGGGGACUCCAUUCCCUCCCCGCUCUGUCUAAACCCCAGAGGCCAGCCCUUCAGAUCCCAACCGCCCCCCUCACCCUCCUUGCAGAGGCCAAAGUCUGCGAUCUUGACAUAGCCCUCGGUGUCCAGGAGCAAAUUGUCCAACUUCAGGUCCCUGUGAUGGGUUGGGAGGGGGAUGUAAAGAGGGAUGAGUGGGGGUCUGGGCCCUGCCUGAAGCCUGAGGGCCCCUCGGUGGGCAGAGCGUGCGUACAGGAGCAGAGGCACGCACAAGGCACACACCUGUAGACAAUCUUGUGUUCGUGGAGAAACUGCAACCCCAGCACCACACAGGCUGAAUAAAAGCUGCAGAGAGAAGCUGGUAUGACGGAGCCAGGCCUCUCAGCCAGGAAGGAAGGCCAUAGAAGCCUGGCUCCCACAUCCUCAAAAGCCCCCCAGACAUCCCCCCAAAAAACUCCAGGAGGGUGGGGGGAGGCAGGGGCCGAAGGGUGGAGGGGAAGGGGGGGCUGCCACUGCCUGUUGGGGGUUGAGGCGCGGGUGGGGAGCUCACACAGCGCGAGGUUCAGAGAACACAUCACUGUGGAUGUGCAGCAUCAGAUCCCCGCCGGCCGAGUACUCCAUCACGAAGCACACGUGCUCUGGUGUCUGGAAACAGCCAAACAGGUUCACCAGGAAGGGGUGUCCUGCUCUGGUCACUGCUGCCAAGAUCCGCUUCUCACACAUCAGGCUGGGUAGGGCAGGGGGCGGGGGUCAGAGACCACAGCAGUCCCCUACCCCAUCUCCCACACUCCAGGGUCCUCGAUCAUCAGCUGUUUGCUGAGGACCUCACAUAGCUGCGCAACCUUGGGCAAGCUGCCUAGUGUCUCUGAACCUCAGCAGCUUUGUCUGCUAAACACGCACCCGGAAGCCAUCUGUCAUCCUAGUAACAACCCCCUGAUAUCCCUUUAGGGAACAGCCAGGGGGGGCUAAUGGGAACACCCCAUUCCCCUGGCCAGGAAUUGGUUUGGGAAUGGGCAAGCCAAGGAAGUGGGGCUCAAUCUCAGGAUUUCUGCUGGAAUUAUUAAGGAAGAAGGGCUAAAACUACUGGAUGAGUCUUACACGGCUGGGGCAGGAGGCUAUCUCUGUCCCCUUGAGAAGACUGCAAGCAAAGCCUACAAAGAGGAAAGUCGACUGAGAGAUGUCAUGUGAGCACCUGGAUACAGACAUGCCUGAAGGUAGUCCACUCCUGGACUUUUCUGAUCCAGAGCAAUAAAUUCCUCUUUUGCUUAAGCC